UAUAAUUUACUAAUUACCAACUUGCAAUUUAUGCAAUCCAAUUCAUCUUAGUUUCUUUGUAUCUUUUUUUUUUACAAGUUAAGUUCAUUAAGAGCAAACGGGCCAAGCCCAGUGGAAAAGUUUACAGACAAUUAAACAACAACAAGCUAAAAGACUAAAACACAGGCCCAAACAAAAGUCCAAGAGACUCAAUAGAGCCCAGACCAUGGGCCAAAACCAGAGCUUCAGUCUUCUAACCCUAGCCGUUCAAUGCCCUCCUCUGGAACCUCCGUCGUUGCUGGAAAAGGACCGCCACCAGCCAAAUCCAACGGAACCAGCCACCCCGAGUAGAGGGAUGAGGAAAGGUGAACCUCCACACAAGCCUCCCCGAGCCAAUCGUCGUCUGCAUCUCGGCGACCAUUCACAAGAGAACACAUCAGAGCAAUCGGACGACACACGGUGGCAACAGAGGAAAAAACUUAUGUCUUCAAGCUCUCCAGCCGUGUCCAAGCCAAUGGCCGCAUCUCCGAAUCACAAGCACCUGCAAAGUGAAGCAAGGAGGUAGACAGAGGAAGGAUGAGGAGAAGACAAGCCAGAUCUAAAAGAUCUAGCCUCCUUUGCAUCUUAGAGCACACACAUCUCCAGAUCUGAAAAAAUCAAAUCAGAGGGCAAAAGAUCAUCCCACGAAGGUGGAGGAAGGAAACCCACAAGGGGAGGAACAUGCACAUAUGAAAAGAAGCGAAACGAAAAAGCUGGAACAUGCAAAAGAGAAGAGAAGGAAGAGAGUGGAAGACUACACUACGAAAGGAAGGACGGACUGCAAAAACUGAAAGAAUGUGGCGGAGGGCUGUCGGCGUCCACAGAGAGAAAAGUUAGAGAGUGGGCCAGGUGAUUUGGUAUUAAAAAUUGAUGGGAUAAAUAAUUAAAAUUUAU